AUGGCUCUACGUGAAGACUUGAUAUCAUCCGCCAUCUCCUUCCUAUCCGAUCCAAAGGUGCAAUCGGCUCCAUUGGCUAAGAAGGUGUCGUUUCUUGAGUCCAAAGGCAUGACUUCUGAGGAAAUCGAAGAGGCCAUGGCAAGAGUGAACGGCAAAUCAACCGGUGCAUCGACCUCAGCACCAGCAGCACCACCUGUACUUGCAAAUGGACAACCACCUGUCGCUGGAGGACCUGUUGUGACACAUGCAGGAGCACCACCACCACCCGUACCAGCUCGUCCUUCCUAUGAUUGGCGUGAUAUCUUUGUAGCAGCAACUCUGGCAGGAGGUAUCAGUUAUGGCGUAUGGAUUUUGGCCAAGAAAUUGUUUGGUCCAUGGUUCCAAGUCCCUACAAAGAAAGAGAUUGAAGAAGAUAAGGAAAGCCUGGAUGCCCAAUUCCAAGCAGUGGAGGAUUCAUUGAAAGAUCUCAAGGAGCAAACGGGUGAUGCACUGAAGAGAGUAUCUACGCAAUCCAAAAAGAUCGAUGAUUCGCUGGGCGAUCUCGACAAGGUGUUGAAGGAUAUGAAACAAAGCGAUGCUGAGCGUGAUCAAGAAUUCAAGAAUUUGAAGAAUGAUGUUCAAUCACUCAAGGAUGAAGUGCCCAGAAUGUUGGAGCGUAACAAGGAAUCACAAGCCAACGUUUUGAAUGAUUUGCAAAAUGAAGUCAAGUCGCUAAAGUCCUUGUUAAUGGCACGUCGUCCCAUCACUCCAUCUGAUAACAACAACGCUGGUGCAGCUACCACAACCACCAAUGGAUCGGUCGUUUCCAAUGUUGCUUCUUCACCCAGUGCCCCUUCGCCUACUACCAACCUUUCUGCACGUCUCUCCAGUGUCUUGAAUAACAGCAGCAGUGGUAGCCAAGGAGGUAUCCCAGCUUGGCAAAUGGCAGCAGCAAACAAAGAAAAGGCCCCUGCUACUUCUUCUUCAUCAUCACCAGCACAACCAGCUGAAACAUCUUCCAACUCGUCGACACCCACCGCCUAG